AUGUCCGACUGGGAGGAGAGCGGCGACGAGGCCGCGGGGGCGCCGCCGUCUUCCGCGGUUGCUACCGCGCCCCUGUGGCAGCCGCCGGCCACCCCUCGGCCGAACAGCUCGCCGACAGAGGGCGAGCUGGGGCGAAGGGGCUCGGAGUGGCGGCAGGAGGCGGCAGCGAGCGUCGGAGGAGAGGAACGGGAAUCCGGCGUGGUUGGCAGCCGCCGAAGUCAGGCAGCGCGAUGGCGGCGCCCGAGAGCCGCCGCAGGCAGAGCUCAGGAGGCUGGGGAGCCUCUCUGCUUCCUCAUCAGCAGGGCCCUGGCCGGGGUUUUGAUAGGUCGGGGAGGAGCUAAAAUAAGAGAACUUGAGGAAUCUUCGGGUUCUAGGAUACAGGUUAUUAAGGGAGCCUCUGAAGCAGAAGUGAAGAUUUUCGGCAGUGUUGCUGUGCAGAACAAAGCCAAGGUGCUGAUUGAUGAAACAGUUGUAAGCUGUGGACAAAGCAACUGUAGAGCAGAACUAUCUAGACAUCCUCCCCUGUCAGCUGGCAAUGGCUUUCCUCCUUCAGGAAAAUCCUUGGAUGUUAUCAAUCCUGAGAAUACUCCAAAGAAACCCGUGAUUGACUGGGCCUCUCUUCGAGAAAACAGAGCUAAAUAUGAGGCUAUGAAGUGGGCAGACCUGCCUCCAAUUGAGAAAAACUUCUAUAAAGAAUCAUCAAGGGCUGCAUCCAUGUCACCAGAAGAAGUAAAACUGUGGCGGAAAGAAAAUAACAAUAUAAUCUGUGAUGACUUAAAAGAAGGUGAAAAGCGCUGCAUUCCCAAUCCUGUUUGUAAAUUUGAAGAUGUAUUUGAGCAAUAUCCUGAUAUUAUGGCUAACAUAAGGAAAAUUGGUUUUCAGAAACCUACACCAAUUCAGUCCCAGGCAUGGCCAAUCAUACUACAAGGAAUUGAUCUUAUUGGCAUAGCACAGACUGGUACCGGGAAGACAUUAGCUUACUUAAUGCCUGGAUUCAUUCAUUUGGCUUCACAACCAAUACCCAGUGAUGAGCGUGGAGGGCCAGGGAUGUUGGUCCUUGCUCCCACCCGAGAACUGGCACUGCAAGUAGAGGCGGAGUGCUUGAAGUACACGUACAAAGGAUUUAAAAGUAUCUGCAUAUAUGGUGGUGGGGACCGGAAAGCGCAGAUAAAUGUGGUGACCAAAGGUGUGGAUAUUGUUAUUGCUACUCCUGGGAGACUGAAUGAUCUUCAAAUGAACAACUUCAUAAACUUGAAGAGCAUAACGUACUUGGUUUUAGAUGAGGCUGACAAAAUGCUGGAUAUGGGAUUUGAACCUCAGAUAAUGAAGAUCUUAAUAGAUGUGCGGCCAGACAGACAAACUGUUAUGACAAGUGCUACUUGGCCUGAUGGUGUUCGUCGCCUCGCAAAAUCCUAUUUGAGAAAUCCCAUGAUCGUGUAUGUUGGCACUCUUGACUUAGCAGCAGUAAAUACAGUAGAGCAGGAAGUUAUUGUUAUCAACGAAGAAGAAAAGAAAGCUUUCAUGGAAAACUUCAUUGAUUCUAUGAAGCCAAAAGAUAAGGCCAUCAUUUUUGUUGGAAAGAAGUCUACAGCUGAUGACGUAGCAAGUGACCUUGGUGUCAAAGGAGUCCCAGUGCAGUCUCUUCAUGGUGACAGAGAGCAGUGUGAUCGAGAACAGGCUUUAGAUGACUUCAAGAAAGGUAAAGUCAGAAUCCUGGUAGCUACUGACUUAGCUUCCCGUGGCCUUGAUGUGCAUGAUAUUACUCAUGUUUUUAACUUUGACUUCCCUCGCAACAUUGAGGAAUAUGUUCACAGAGUAGGUCGUACUGGAAGAGCAGGACGUACUGGGAAGGCAGUAACACUUGUCACUAAGAAGGACUGGAAGGCUGCAUCUGAGCUGAUUGAUAUUCUGCAAAGAGCAAACCAAGUAGUUCCCGAUGAGCUUAUUUCAAUGGCAGAAAGAUACAAACAAUACCAAAUCAGGAAAGAAAUGGAAAAGGAUAUACUAAGACCUCAAAGAAAGUCAUCCAAGUGACUGAUCCCUUGAAAUUACUAAAAAAAAUAGAACUGGAUUACUGAAUGUAAACAGUGUUUGUGUUACUUCAAGAUACUGUACUUUCACACUGUUGUGCCACAUCUGCC